CCCUAUGCAUUUGUUGACAUUCUGAUGUGCAAUAAUUUAGCACAGUUUGAUUUUUCUUACAUAAAAAUAUCAGAUUUAUAUGGCUAAAUGGUGUUUUUAGUUUAGUUUAGCAGUUUCCAGUGAUUCCUUUGCAAUAUCCCAUCGCAUCCCAGAACUCGUCAUGGCAUAUCAGACGUUGCGGCAGGAGUAUUUCCAGAUACCGAUUGUUACCAGGGCUUAUACGACGGCAUGUGUAAUCACAACAUUAUCCGUGCACCUGGAAAUUGUGACUCCAUUUCAAUUAUAUUUCAAUCCAACACUAAUUUUGAAAUAUUAUCAGCUAUGGCGAUUAGGAACCACAUUUCUGUUUUUCGGAACUUUUGGCUUCAACUUCUUGUUCAACAUGAUAUUUACCUACAGGUACUGUCGUAUGCUAGAAGAAGGAUCGUUUCGGGGAAGAAGUGCAGAUUUCAUUAUGAUGUUCCUAUUUGGAGGAGUUGUCAUGAUCAUAUUUGCAUUUUUCGUUAAUCUACUGUUUCUUGGUCAAGCGUUCACAAUCAUGUUGGUCUACGUGUGGUCACGAAGGAAUCCAUUCAUUCGAAUGAACUUUUUCGGCAUCCUCAACUUCCAGGCGCCAUAUCUACCUUGGGUGUUGUUAGGAUUUUCAGUUCUUAUUGGAAACACUAUUUGGGUGGAUUUGAUGGGAAUAGUCGUAGGGCACAUCUACUAUUUCCUAGAAGAUGUUUUUCCGGAUCAAAUCAAUGGCUUCCACAUCCUGAAGACCCCACAGUUCCUUAAAAACAUUUUUGACGAACCCAUUGAGGAUGCAGACUACACGGCAUUACCAGAGGAUCGCCCUGGUGGCUUCAACUGGGGCCGGGAGGAAGCAAAUAAUGCAAAUGAAGCACAAAACAAUGAGCGACGGAAUGAUAACUAAGCCAGUACAGAUGUUUUUUUUUGAAACAUUGGACACUUAACCAGAACGAGAUACAUUAAAAUGUGCUCAGGCUGUAGGGUGACAAACUGUAUUGUUUAUUGAUUGUUUAAAAUAAAAUGUAAUACAAUCUUGUUGUCUACAA